AUGGCGACGAGGGUGCACUAUUGGUACGGCUGCCAUAGAUUGAAUGUCACAUCUGAUUUGUUCGUAAUCCUCCCCGCCAAUCACCGUGGCUGUGCCAACUGCCACGUUACAUCCGAAUCAUCGGAUUUAUUUGAGUACACGUCCGGGCGAUGGAUUUAUAAUGACGCGUUGAGGCAUCGUGAGAGGAAACGUGUAUUUAACGUUCCGGAACUUAAGCGGCUUGCGGCUCGAUCCGUGCACCAAAAGGAAGAAGAUGUGGUUGGGUUCGAGAAACUGGCCGAGGGAGGCUUUAAUCGAAGCUUUUUGAUCACCAUGCGGGACAGUUUUCGCUUCAUUGCCCGCGUGCCAUACCAAAUCACUCAACCAAAACCACUGGUCAUCGCCAGUGAAGUGGCCACAAUGAACUUUCUUCGUUCGCAUAAUAUACCAGCCCCCAGGGUCUAUGGGUUCUCAGCUACUCCAGACAAUCCAGCUGAAACAGAAUACAUAUUCAUGGAAUUUGUUCAGGGAAGGAACGUGGGUGAUAUCUGGUUUGACUUAUCCGAAGCAGAAAGGACCAAAAUAAUCACGAACCUGGUGCAGCUAGAAUCGCGGCUGUUUGCUUUGAGGUUUCCAGCAAGUGGAAGACUCUAUUAUUGCACCGAUUGCCCAGAGAGCAGCCGAGUCAUCAUUCCAACCCAACUUUCGACGGAGAAACCCCGUUUCUGUAUCGGCCCUGAUACGUCACUUGGGCUGUGGUAUGGCAGAAGACUUAACUUACCGGUAGAGCGUGGACCAUAUAAGGACUGUUUGGCAGUUCUUACUGCCGGUGCCACCAAAGAGAUUGCCUACCUGUCCAAAUUCGGACAACCCCUUCAGCCCAUUCAGCGUCUUCGUCGGGAGACCUACGACUAUCAACCACAAUCACAUCUCGAUUACAUCGCCACUCUGCAGCUGUAUCUAAAAGUCGCGCCGAGCCUCAUCCCUCACGGUAGCCCAGCCCUCCAUCGUCCGGUCUUACGGCAUCCCGAUCUGCAACCGAACAUCUUUGUGUCUGAUGAACUGGAAAUCAAUGGAUUGAUCGACUGGCAGCACAGUACCGUUCUUCCGCUUUUCUUGCAAUGCGCUAUCCCAAACAGCCUGCAGAAUUAUGGUGAUGAUGUUUCCGAAUCUCUCCGAAAGCCCACUCUGCCCAUUAAUCUCGACCAAUUGGAGUUGGAAGAACAGCAUCAGCAGACCGAACUCUUUCGGAGGCGUCAUCUUCACUACCUCUAUGUCAAGACGACAGCAGAAAUGAAUACCGAGCAUUAUGAUGCAUUGGCCUAUGACUACAGCACGCUCAGACGAUGGCUUUACCAAUACGCAAGCGAUCCUUGGGAAGGUGACAACAUGACUUUGAAAUCAAAGCUCAUUACUCUGGCGAAAAGGUGGACGGACGCACAGACCGAAGCGGAUGAACAAUUGAAACAUUGUCAGCAGUUGAUUGGUGUUGGGAACGAAGGCUGGGUCCCGGUUGACUACUAUGAGGCGGCCAAAGCACGCGAAAGAACAUUGAAGGGGGACGCCCUUGCUGCGGCCGAGACGACAGGGGAGAGAAGACUAAUAGAACAGAACUGGAUUUUUGAUGAUUUCUCCGAGGACGAUUACAUGUGA